UCACAUGCAGCUGGACUCUCCCUAGCGACCAAAGGAUCUCUACUCUCCCUAGCUCUGUAAGCCAAUGUGCAUCACAAUACCCUGUGAAUGAUGUAAAGGGAUCAGCCUCUGCCAGGCUGCAGUGUGGCUCUGCAGCAGGAGGCAGCCGUAAUCACCGCCGUCCUCAGAGGGGUGCUUUUAAGCACAAGGAGGUCUCUGCCCACUGCAGCCAAGGCAGAUUCCCAUCCAUCAUGACUGCCAUCCGACUACGAGAAUUUACUGAGCGUCGCCGAGCCAUCCCACCAAGUAUAUUCAUUGCUCACCAAGGAAGAGACCUGCAAGGCUAUUACCCUGGGCAGCUGGCAAGACUGCAUUUUGAUGAUAGUGCAAAGAAAGCUCCCAGAUUGGAACCAGAAAUUAGCCACAGUUUCGCUGAAUCCUCGACCACUUAAUUCACUGCCAGAGCUCUACUGUUGUGAAGAGAGAAGCGGCUUUGAAAGAAAUGCUUCUAACCUAAAAUAACCAUGGCAUUCGAACAAAAUAACGUCUGGCAUUCUUAGGUGACUCUUUUAGACUAAGUUAAUGGGAGCAGAACUACUUUUAAUGGAAGUGUAUAUACAGAUGACUACAAUCCUAAAAUAUUUACAUGCGGCAAAUUCUUUUCAGAUUACGUUGGUCAGCUUAGAGCAGGGAAUCACGAUCUAGCCUUAAGAGAACUUGGUUUUUAGCCCCACUCCCAGUCUUGCUGCUGAUGCUGGCAAACCAUCUUACACAUAGGCCAGUGGUUAUACGGAGGCUCAGGUAAGAAUCACUGCAUCUGCACAAUCAUUGCACCACUGCUGGGAAAAAUAAAAAAGAACCUGGGGGUCACGGCCAAUUGGAAAGAAGACUGGCACUAGGGACCCUAAAGGGGCUGUGGAUGGAGAAACCCAGGUAUAGCAUGGGGCUGUAGUGAGAUGUGGGGCUGGUAAAAAGUAUUAACUCAAAGUUCGUCUGCAGGAGUUAACACCCCUGUCUUGGCAAGAAGAAAGCCUGACAGCUAGGCAUCAGCUCCUCAGGCAGAAAGCUAACAGGUCUUCUCUAAGGAGAGGAAAGGAUCCCAAAGACAAGAACCUUACAUUUUGCUUCUGGGGACCUCUGUCCUCCCCCAGUUCCCCAGCACUCAUCCCCUCUUCACUCACCCCCAAAUAACACCACAUAAUUCAUAAACUUCUCCCAAGAAUGCAGAGUUCCAGCCAAGCACGGUGGCUCACGCCUGUAAUCCCAGCACUUUGGGAGACCAAGGCGGACAGAUCACGAGGUCAGGAGUUUGAGACCAGCCUGUCCAACAUGGUGAAACCGCAUCUCUACUAAAAAUACAAAAAUUAGCCAGUCAUGGUGGUAUGUGCCCAUAAUCCCAGCUACCUGGGAGGCUGAGGCAGGAGAAUCACUGGAACCCAAGAGGCAGAGGCUACAGUGAGCCGAGAUCAUGCCACUGCAGUCCGGCCUGGGCAACUCUGUCUCAAAAAAAGAGGCCAUAUGGUGACUACAGCCCUUAUCCCCGUUUUUAUAAUGGCCGCCUGCUACUAUCCAUUCUGUAUUCCUUUUGACCUCAACACACAAGUCGGCAGUCAUGGUUCUUUACCUGGUGGAGCGGCCUAAACCUCCAUUCCUGAAGGAUCUGGUGGUUAGCAGUCCUGCCUGGAUUGCGUUGUUGUAGUUUUACCCUAACCUUAAUCACACGGCGUGGUAAUGCUGAGGCAUCCUAAGUGACCUGUACACCAGACAGUCCUCCUUUGGGGAGUGGUCCAGUUUCCCCUUGGUAAUGCAAAUCAACCGCCCCAACCAGCAACUAACUUCCUUCUUAGCUUGUUGACUCAGAGGCACGAGGAGACCACAAUGGCUGGGCAGCAGUCUUAAGUCCAGUUCAACGGAUCACUGUGUCUCCUAGCGGGAGCGUUCCUCCCUCUGGAACUAAGAUCUCUGGGCCAGCAGAGCACAAAGUCCUGGGAACAGUAAGCAAACAUUUUGCUAAUGGGUUACUAAGGGUAAUAGUCACACUACUCCCAUGUCUACCUCUUGAUUCCUGGAUCUGUGAAUCCCAGCUGUGGGAGAGCGAGCACCGUAUAUUGGACACUGAUUCAGAGCAUUUCCAGCCUUCUGGAGAAGCUUCCUGAAAGCGCUGCAAGGUAUCACCCCCUAGCUGGUACCACAACUGAUUCCACAAAAGGCGAUUCCAUAGCUCUGUCAAGCCAGCUGCUUCCGGAUACAGUGGGGAACACAGUGAGACCCAAAAAUUCCGUGAGCAUGAGCAUAAGCCCCUUGCUGCACUUCUUUGGCUGUAAUGUUGAAUUCUUUAAUCAGAACGCAAUGCUGUGUGGAACAGCACGAUGGUGGAAAAGGCUUUCUGUAAGUCCACACAUAGGAGUUUCGGCAGAAAUACUGCGUUCAGGGAAGACAAAUCCACAUCCAGAGUAAGUGUCUGUUUUAGUAAGGACAAACUGCUGCCCCUUCUAUGAUGGAAGCAAUCCCAUGUAACCCACCUGCCCCCAGGUAGCUAACUGAUCACUCCAGGGAAUGGUGCCGUACUGGGGGCCAGGCUGGCCUUGGCAAGUUGAAGUUCAUGUUGCUGAGCCCAUGUAUAAACUCCAUCCUUGCCACCAUGGCUAUUUUAUUCAUGAGCUCCUUGGGUAAUGAUAGUGGUGGCUGGGGAAAGAAUCUGACUGGUAUCUACAGAAUGGAUCAGCCUAUCCAUUUUAUUAUUAAAAUCCUUCUCUGUUGGCUGGGUGCAGUGGCACAUGCCUGCAAUCCCAGCACUUUGGGAGCCUGAGGUAGGAAGAAUUGCUUGAGCCCUGGAGUUUGAGAUCAGUCUGGUCAAUAUGUUAAAACCUCAUCUCUACAAAAUAAAUAAAUAAGCCAGGCAUGCACCCGUAGUCCAAGUUAUUCAGGAGGCUGAGGUGGGAUGAUUGCAUUCCAGCCUGGCGACAAAUACUAUCUUGACCCAGAAAAAAAAUUAAUUAACAAAAUCCUCUCUUGAGGUCCCCUUCAAUGAACCUUCACA